AAAAGGGGCAUUGGUAAUAGUCGGAGUCGCGGGUAAAGGCACCGUGGAUAAGAGUUCCCCUGUACAGUAUUCAAAUGGCAAGUUAAAACAUUUUUUUCAAAGAGAAUUGUAUUACUUGUCAGUCUCCAGCUUUCAUUCCCUCUAUUUCUCUGGCUGCUCUGAAGAAGGCUCAUUACCCUAAACGUCAACUAUGUUGACACUGUAUUUUCAUGUAAAACCACAGUGUUAUUGAUGCACAUGUUGAGGUUAUUAAAAAAUGUAUACAAACUUUUAAAAAUAGUUUUUCCAAGGAAGUCAUGCAAAACCUGCACUGUAUGCAGCUCACAUUGUUAACGAAACUGGACUGUACUUUCUUCAAAUACAGAACUCUGCUGGUGGUUCAGAUGUCUUGUGACCCCCCAAUUAAUUGACCCCUAAAAUGUGUUUCCUUUGCAUAUUUAUUUCUGCUUCAAAUACAUCUUACUGACAAAAAUAUAACGAUUUAGUAGAGAAUUAAAUGGUGAUCACAAGACAUCUGGACCACCACCCUACACGGUGUUUCCAGUUUGACCACUCCUCUGAAGCGACAAUGCAAAGCACGGAAUGAGGAAAUUCUAAAAGGAGCUGCGGUCGCCGUGUUUCGAGAUUGCUGGGUGUCGUUAGUCUAGGCACGGUACAUUCAUCUUCAUCUACAUGUACUUUUGAGAGACAUUAACAGUGUUUAAUGGUUAAGUGUUUUAUACUCAUAGCCACUGGUGAGCCAGCUGGGGUUUCUUCUAUAGAAAUGUUCAAGUGCCACAAGGCGUAUUUGCAUGAUUUGACAGUCAAGUAUCUCUAAAGCUAAGCAACAUAACAGCGAUAUUAAUUAUUCAUCGUUAGGUUCGUGCUCCAGUAGUACCAUUUUGACACCAAGUUUGAACGAUGCAGCCAAAACAAGUGGCAGCAAUGGGGCUGAUCUCUGGAAUAAUCUUGUUUACGUUCAUCUCAAUGGGCGGUGAAGCUUCCCUCUCCAGCCGACUUGGUUAUAAAGGACCUGUGUUCCAAGAGGAGUCGUUAACAGAGGUUGAGUAUAAUGAAUGCGAAGAUAAAGGACAAUACAGAGCAGUGAAAGGGUUUUGCUGCCACCUCUGUCCUGCAGGAAACAUGUGGCUUGAUGACUGCUUUUCCGAUGGCGACCACUCUUUCUGCACAUCUUGUAUGCCAGGGAAGAGCUACAUGGACAUUGCAAACCGUGAUCCUCAAUGCAAAAAGUGCAGUACCUGCAAUAUUCUCUAUGAAGAUGUUCAACAGGACUGUACUGUCACUAGUGACACUGCGUGUCAGUGUAAGGAUGGAUACAGUCGGCCUCAUCCUUCACAGCCUUGUGGAGUUACAUCAAACACAGAAAAAAACAUUGCAAUUCCUGCUGGAAUUGGGACCUUCAUGCUUCUGGUGGUGGUGGUGGCCUUAUUGAUUUAUCGGAAGAAGAAAUGCUUAUACCCCUUUGGAACAGGUGAUUCUGGCAAAGGGACGGAGACUGUGCCUCUUCUUAGUGUGAAAGUGCCCAAGGAUGUCCUUGAGGAACCACUAAUGCUCAUCGAGAAGAGAAUGAAGUCCAGUAAUGCUGAGGUUUGGCGGCAGUUCCAUGAGUUGCUGCCAGAAGUGUAUAAAUCCAUCUCUGAAAACACCUUCUAUUUCUUGUACGAGAUGGAUAAAAAAUACAACAUUCACGUAAGCGUGUACUGGAAGGUGUAUGAAAUUACUGACAUCUCAGCACGUGCAAUCUUUAUACUCAAUUAUUUUAUUGGUGAGCGUGAAGAGAUGUGCCAGGGGCUCCUGGAGGUGAUCCGUGCAGGACAGAACAAGCAAACGCAGCUGCAGACCCUGCUUGACUCUGCCGUUAAAUGCUCUCCAACUCUUAAUCGAAACACGGCACAUCAAAAACUUAACAUCUCAAAUGAUGGCAAGACAGCGGUAUGGCUCAAGAGCCCUCCAAAAAAACCUGAUCAUCCAGAUCGAUUCAAAUACUGGUCACAGGUGCUGUCAUCUGAGAGUUUCUCUGAAGGAUGCCACUUCUGGGUGGUGAAUGUGGGGGACGUGGAAAACCUUCGUGUUGGUGUCUCUUACAAGAGUAUUCUACGUAAAGAACAAGACAGUGCAUGCCUGAUGGGAUUUAACAGCAGGUCCUGGUGUUUAUGGAAACACGAGAACAAAUACAAGGCCUGGCACGACCAGCAUAGCACGGAGCUCGAAGUGGGUGAACAUCCUCGCAGAAUCUGUGUUGGCUUGGACUAUGAUAAACGGGUUCUGUUAUUUUUCAAUGCUGACAACAAUGAGCAUCUGCACACAUUUUAUGCUCACUUCUCUGAACCUCUGCAUGUUGCUCUAUGGGUGUGGUCUGGGGUCCUCACUAUUGAGCCUGUUAACAGCGAUUAAAAUGGAUAUAGGUUUCAUAAUUUAUCUGUGGAAAAUAAUAAACAGGAUCAAAUUGCCAAGCAGCUCCUCUUAGUUAUUUAACAUGGAUAUCACAGAUAAUAUUGUUUUAUCUACCACAUGCACUGAUAACCUUUAUCUAAAAAAAUGAAGCUAAGAAAAGAUGUUACAUUAAAGAUACAUCUCAAAACGUAGUUAUUCCGUCUUCAGAUGUUUCAACUCCAAAUAUUUGUUUCCAAUUAUCUGACACCCAUGUAACCAUAAUGGACAAGCUGAGCCUUGCCAGCCAGUUAAAUUUGCAUUAAAGGAAGGGGUACUGUUUGAAAUUUCCGAAUGGCACACUGUUCCCUUGCUUUGGACUGUAAUUGGUCUGCAGCACAGUCCAUGGCUUUCCGCAUAUAUGUGGAUAUCACCGAUAAUAUAAAAGUUUUUCACCCAUCUGCUGGUCCACCCACCCUCUUAUAAUCAGCAAAAUUGCAGAUAAUAGAAGCUGCCAAUUUGAAGGCAGGAAUGACAAAUAGGUCUAACUGCAUAGAUAAGACAGUUACAAAUAACAAUAGUUGUACUGUAUUUCCACAUUGUGCAAAUCAGUUGCACUGCACACCCACACAUCAGUGCCAUGGUG